AUGUUAGAUACGUUCGAGGUCCUCACUACGUCGGGUGUCGUCCUCUGGUCGCGCACCUACGCGCCUGUCAGCCCGUCCGUCAUCAAUAAUUUUAUCGCCGAUGUCUUCAUCGAGGAGAAGGGCGCCGCAGCCGGCGCAAAGGACACGCAACCCACAGCUAGCAACCCACCGUACAGGGCCGAUCAACACACCCUCAAGUGGACGUUUGUCAAAGAAUUAGGUGUGAUCUUCGUCGCUGUCUACCGGUCUCUACUGCACCUCUCUUGGAUUGAUCAACUCGUCGACAACCUCAAGACUAUUUUUAUCGAUUUAUACGGCGACCAAUUAAAAAGGCCCAACACCACCAUUGUUGAGUGCCAUAAAUUUGAUGAGUAUUUUGACCAACAAUAUCGCCAACUGGAAGCAAGCAGUACUGCGGGCACAUCGCGAGUAAACGACGCCUCCCUGGCCCCGGACGAGCAAAGCAUAUCCAGUAGCUAUGGAGGCGAGCCACCACCUCCGCCCGGGCUCAAGCAACGGCCGAAACCGCAAAACGGGUCCCGGGAAGCUGCAUCCUCUGCUGAAUCUACCUCGAUCGCAACUCCCGAUACCUCGCGGCCCUCGACCCCCGCCAUCGGCGCGCAUCAUCUGGUCACUGGGAAGGACAGCCCGAUGGCUAAGAUGUCGAGGCGGGCUAAGAAGCUGCGCCACAACGGCGCCGGCCUCGUGUCGUCCGGGGACGAGGCGCCGGCGAGAAAGGCCAAAAAGGCGCCCAAGAAGGGUCGCAAAUGGGACGCAGAUGGAUUUGCGGACGAGGAAGACGACAGUUUACAGCUAGACUACUCGGCAGCCCGCAACACUCUGACGAGCGAUAGUGAAGCCGAGGCGACAGCUCGAUCAACUGCAACCGAGGGGGUGGACUCGUCUACGUGGGGCACGACGACUUCUAACGGACAGUUUGUGUUGAAGGACCUGGACGACGAGGUAUAUUCUAUCCUGCAGUCUGCCGCGGCCAAGAAGAGUGCCGCCUCGUCCGAGCCGGAGGAGAGAGGUCUCGUGGGAUCUGGCUUGCAUACCAUUAGCAAUCUGUUCCGUAACGUAGUAGGCGGGAAGACCCUAACCAAGGAAGACCUCGACAAUGCUAUGAAAGGCAUGGAGGACCAUCUUCUACGCAAGAACGUUGCUCGCGAAGCGGCUCUGCGACUCUGCCAAGGCGUGGAGAAGGAACUUCUCGGCAUGAAGAUGGGGAGCUUCGAAAAUAUCAAUGCCCGGAUCGCCAAGGCCAUGGAAGCGUCCCUUACGAAGAUGUUGACGCCUACUUCGUCCUUGGACCUCCUGCGCGAGAUUAACUCUAUCGCGAAACCACCUGCGACGUCGACGCGCAAGCCGAGACCCUACGUUAUUUCCAUCGUCGGAGUCAAUGGCGUUGGCAAGUCAACGAAUCUGUCCAAGAUAUGCUACUUUUUGCUCCAGAACAGAUACAAGGUCCUAAUCGCGGCGGGGGAUACCUUCCGAUCCGGAGCUGUCGAGCAGCUCAAGGUUCACGUGAGGAACCUGAAGGAGCUAGCCCAGCGCGAGGGUGGACGGGUGGACAUUUUUGAGAAGGGUUACGGCGGUGAUGCGGCAUCGGUCGCGAAGGAUGCCGUGAAGGAGGCCGCGAAUGAGGGCUUCGAUGUUGUGCUCAUCGACACGGCGGGGCGGCGGCACAACGAUCAACGGCUGAUGUCGUCGCUGGAGAAGUUCGCCAAGUUCGCGCAGCCGGACAAGAUUCUGAUGGUCGGCGAGGCGCUUGUCGGAACGGACUCGGUGGCCCAGGCCCGGAAUUUCAACUCGUCCUUCGGCGCCGGCCGAACCCUCGACGGGUUCAUCAUUUCCAAAUGCGACACGGUUGGCGAUAUGGUCGGAACACUGGUCAGUCUCGUACACGCUACCAACGUCCCUAUCGUGUUCGUGGGUGUCGGGCAGCAUUAUUCGGACAUCAGGAGCUUUUCCGUCAAGUGGGCAGUAGAGAAACUGCUCAGUAAUAACAACUAG